AUGGCUUUUGCGCGCGGAGCUCUGCAGCAACUGGCAUUCUUUGUAGUGGGCUGGCUCAUGAUUCAUCGUGUGGUUGCAUGUCGCUUGAAGCCAUCAGCGAUGCCAGCGGUCCAGGCUGCCAACGACAGCAUGGUGGAGCCACUGCCCGAUGCAGCAUUCGUGUUGGACGAUGAUGGGGAGGACGUGGUGCUGAAAAAGGCGUCAGAGCUGGAUGUCAUCGAUCGACUUGCCUUGGCAUGGGUCAGGUUGAUGGGCAGCAUGUCCGACGAAAAGCUCGCGCAAGCGGCACUCGUUGCAGCAGCCGUGAUACUGCCUCUGCUCGUGUCCUUGAUUCCGCUUUGGUUGCUACUGUUGCUGGAGAAGAACAUUUUGAUGGUCGAGUCUCGCGGUCCAGCUCGACGCCAGUCAGGUGUUCGAAGCAGGGACGUGACCUUCAGUGUCGCGGAGGAGGGAGUAUCUCCAAUGCUCCUGAUGUACACCUUCGUCGCUGACUUUGCAGUGCCGAACACCCGGCCCUUCAGGAGCUUGCCGGAGCUGGCGCAAGAGUUGCCCACAGCGCUUCCUCAGCUUCCUCAGGCCAGCGCAGCGGCAUGA